CUCCUCGGUCUAGCCGUGAUAGGCAUCGGAGUCGCGUUCCAGCUCAACUGGACGGUUGUGAAAGAUGAGCUCAAGACACACUUGACGGUCGCACCAUGGGUGUUCAUCAUAAUCGGAGCCAUUAUGUUCGUGAUAGCAUUCUUCGGGUGUUGCGGAGCGAUUCGGGAAAGUCACUGCAUGGUUGUCACGUACGCCAUCUUCCUGUUGGUGAUUAUCAUCGUACAAGUGGUGAUCGCUGUUCUCCUGUUCGCAUACGGAGACACCAUCAGGGACGGGCUCGUACGGUCUGUCAACUCUCUCUUCGACAAGAGAUCCAGUGCUGAUGUCGACAAGGCCACCGACGCUGUCAUCAACAACCUCCAACAACAGUUCGCCUGCUGCGGUAAGAACGGUCCCCAGGACUACACCGCCAUCGCCCUGCCUGACUCCUGCUGCACGACCACAAGCACCUUCGGAAACGUCAUCGGAGGCCGCUGCACCAUCGACGUCGCCAACAAGGGCUGCUCCAGCGCCAUCGCUGAGCUCUACGAGAAGUGGAACAAGCCCAUCGCUGGAGUUGCUAUCGGUAUCGCCUGUAUUGAGGUGGUCGGAGCUCUGUUUGCGCUGUGUCUCGCCAAUUCCAUAAGAAAUAUGGACAGAAGGUCUCGCUACUAAUAUUUUGUACAUUAAAACUGGUAUGCCUAAAUCGAAGACAUCACGAAAUUAACAUUCGAAUAAGAACAAUAAAAAUCAACGACAGAUACAAAAACAUAAGUUACUUAUGUACAAGUUAAGUUAAGGUUAGCUCGGUCUAGCGCAAGUCCCACCUUUUCAAAAAAAUAUUAAAAUACAACCUGAAAAAGUUUACUUUUGUUUUUUUUUAAUUUUAUGAGCACUGACUUUCUAAUAAUUCUAACGGUCUGACAUAUAACUUGACUUUGGCCCAUGUGGCCACAAGAAGAUUGAUGAUUAUUUAAAUAAAGCUAAGAGUAAACUUAUUGGGUCCUGUUAUCUCAUUAGACGAUACGAUGUUGUAUUUUAUUCAAUAUCUCCAAGUAUCAAUGUAUUGUUGAUGCGUGUUGAUACUAAGACGCGCUGUACCUUACCAUUAAUUAGUUAACGUUCAUUUUCUUUUGUUGCACCAUUUUAAAAUAUAAAUUUUAGGUACUGUUAAGUUAGUUAAGCGACUGUUUGUAAUGUUGAUAAACAAUAGAAAUUUAUUACUAUAUUAAAUAAAAGUAUUUUCAUAAAUCGGCGUUAUAAAGUUUAAGUACGUCCAUUUUACAAGUAAUAUUAAAGUUUAUAUUUAUGCAUUUCUAUAUAAAUAAUAUGUGAUUUAUUACGCGUUUCACAUGCCUGUGUAAAUAGUAAAUAAUAUCGGGAGCAAAUGUCUGUUUAUUGUAUUUUGAAUCUCUUUUGUGCAUUUCUUAUGAAACUGCUUUUGUGGAUGAAUUAUAUUGUAUUGUAUGGAAUAAAUAAAUUUUCUACUUCAAACGUCA